AUUUCGAGAGAGUAUAGUUUGAGAAGUUGUUCUCAGUCCCUUCCCCCGCGGUAGUGUGGUAUUUAGGGAACCUUCGGCCUCUUACCCAGGGACUGUUAGAAUGGAGGGAACCCUUCGCGCUCGCUUCCUAUCGCGGGGUCCUUUCGGAGCAUCGCUAUAGAUCAUUCUCGCGGCCCCAACCCCGUUGUUUACUUUGGCUUCGCAGAUCUCUGUGGUCUUUUGCCCUCCCGCAGCGCCCACGGCCCCGUCAAGGAAGAUUGAAUUCCAUCAAUUCUUAUGCCUUUGGAGGUUUUUGAUGUGAUGUAAGUGCAGCUGCAUCUCUGAUUUUCCCACUGACAGUUUAAGGCAUCUGUUUUCUCAAGUGUGUUUUGGGAGUUUUCACUUGUCUGCCUCCUUUUUUGGCACCAAGUACUGUUGACUCUUCAUCCUCUCUAUUUGUCCUGGAAUAGAAAAUAUGUUAUUUAACGGUAGAUCUUAGCAACCUCAGCAUAUGAUUUUUUUUCUUGUUAAGUUGGAAACUCUAACCUUUUCACUUGAAGGAAGCACUUCACAGCUUCUCUUCAGUAUAUCCAAAUUGCCAGCAUCACUACUGCUGCACUUUGGGACCAUUAUUAAGUAAAAAGAAUUACUUGAAUCCAACCACCACAAUAUUGGAACAGUUGAUCUGAUAACCAAGAUGGCUACUGUAUUAGUCUGUUUUCACACUGCUGUAAAGAACUGCCCAAGACUGGGUACUUUAUAAAGAAAAGAGGUUUAAUUGACUCACAGUUCUGCGUGGCUGGGGAGGCCUCAGGAAACUUACAGUCACGGCAGAAGGCGAAGGGGAAGCAAAGACCUUCUUCACAUGACGGCAGGAAAGAGAGAACUAGCAAAAGCUGGAAAAACUGCCUUAUAAAACCAUCAGAUAUUGUGAGAACUCACUAUCAGGAGAGCAGCAUGGUGCAAACUGCCCCCAUGAUCCAGUCAUCUCCCACUGGGUCCCUCUUGACCUGGGGAUUAUGGGUAUUACAAUUCAAGAGUCAUCUUAGUGGGAUUUGGGGAAGCAACAGGGCUGUGUGGGGUAACCUGCCACCUUUAAGUGGAAAUCAGAAAUGGAGCAAGAGCCACAAAAUGGAGAACCUACUGAAAUUAAGAUCAUCAGAGAAGCAUAUAAGAAGGCCUUUUUAUUUGUUAACAAAGGUCUGAAUACAGAUGAAUUAGGUCAGAAGGAAGAAGCAAAGAAAUACUAUAAGCAAGGAAUAGGACACCUGCUCAGAGGAAUCAGCAUUUCAUCAAAAGAGUCUGAACACACAGGCCCUGGGUGGGAAUCUGCUAGACAGAUGCAACAGAAAAUGAAAGAAACUCUACAGAAUGUACGCACCAGGCUGGAAAUUCUAGAGAAGGGUCUUGCCACUUCUCUACAGAAUGAUCUUCAGGAGGUGCCCAAGUUAUAUCCAGAAUUUCCACCUAAAGACAUGUGUGAAAAAUUACCAGAGCCUCAGUCUUCUAGUUCAGCUCCUCAGCAUGCUGAAGUAAAUGAAAACACCUCAACUCCAAGUGCAGGGGCAGUUGCUGCACCUGCUUCUCUCUCUUUACCAUCACAGAGUUGUCCAGCAGAAGCUCCCCCUGCUUAUACUCCUCAAGCUGCUGAAGGUCACUACACUGUAUCCUAUGGAACAGAUUCUGGGGAGUUUUCAUCAGUUGGAGAAGAGUUUUAUAGGAAUCAUUCUCAGCCGCCGCCUCUUGAGACCUUAGGGCUGGACGCAGAUGAAUUGAUUUUGAUACCAAAUGGAGUACAGAUUUUUUUUGUAAAUCCUGCAGGGGAGGUUAGUGCACCUUCGUAUCCUGGGUACCUUCGAAUUGUGAGGUUUUUGGAUAAUUCUCUUGAUACGGUUCUAAACCGUCCUCCCGGGUUUCUUCAGGUUUGUGACUGGUUAUAUCCUCUAGUUCCUGAUAGAUCUCCGGUUCUGAAAUGUACUGCGGGAGCCUACAUGUUUCCUGAUACAAUGCUACAAGCAGCAGGAUGCUUUGUGGGGGUCGUCCUGUCCUCUGAGUUACCAGAGGAUGAUAGAGAGCUCUUUGAGGAUCUGUUAAGGCAAAUGUCUGACCUUCGGCUCCAGGCCAACUGGAACAGAGCAGAAGAAGAAAAUGAAUUCCAAAUCCCUGGAAGAACUAGACCUUCCUCUGACCAACUAAAAGAAGCCUCCGGCACUGAUGUGAAACAGUUGGACCAAGGCAAUAAGGAUGUACGUCAUAAAGGAAAACGUGGAAAAAGGGCUAAAGAUACUUCAAGUGAGGAAGUUAACCUGAGUCACAUUGUACCAUGUGAGCCAGUUCCAGAAGAAAAACCAAAAGAAUUACCUGAAUGGAGUGAAAAAGUGGCUCACAACAUUUUGUCAGGUGCUUCCUGGGUGAGUUGGGGUUUAGUCAAAGGUGCUGAGUUUACUGGCAAAGCAAUCCAGAAAGGUGCUUCUAAACUCCGAGAGCGGAUUCAACCGGAAGAAAAACCUGUGGAAGUUAGUCCAGCUGUUACCAAGGGACUUUAUAUAGCGAAGCAAGCUACAGGAGGAGCAGCAAAAGUCAGUCAGUUCCUGGUUGAUGGAGUUUGCACUGUAGCAAAUUGCGUUGGAAAAGAACUAGCUCCACACGUCAAGAAGCAUGGAAGCAAACUUGUUCCAGAAUCUCUUAAAAAAGACAAAGAUGGGAAAUCUCCUCUGGAUGGUGCUAUGGUUGUAGCAGCAAGUAGUGUUCAAGGAUUUUCAACUGUCUGGCAAGGAUUGGAAUGUGCAGCUAAAUGCAUUGUUAACAAUGUUUCAGCAGAAACUGUACAAACUGUCAGAUACAAAUACGGAUAUAAUGCAGGAGAAGCUACCCACCAUGCGGUGGAUUCUGCGGUCAAUGUUGGCGUAACUGCCUACAAUAUUAACAACAUUGGUAUCAAAGCAAUGGUAAAGAAAACUGCAACACAAACAGGACACACUCUCCUUGAGGACUAUCAGAUAGUUGAUAAUUCUCAGAGGGAAAAUCAAGAAGGAGCAGCAAAUGUCAAUGUGAGAGGGGAGAAGGAUGAGCAGACGAAAGAAGUAAAGGAGGCAAAGAAGAAAGAUAAAUGAUGAAGUGCUGGGAAUCACCUAUACCAAAGCCUUAUGAAAUGGAUGAAAUUUUGUUAAAUAGGCAAAUGUGGAAUUCCUCACAGACUAACCAGUAUUUUUUAAAUGUAUUCAUUCCUACAAAUUAACUUUCAUAAAUUGUAUGGCAUGUCUUCUAUUUAAAAGGAAAAGAAUAAGUAUUCUUGCAUCUGGCCUUAGAAAUGUGAAGUUAUAUUCUGAAGUUUAUUUUUUUCCAAGUGUAGCUAAAAUAUUUUUGCAGUAAAAUAAAGCUAGUAAUACAUGUGUUGUUCAAACCUUAUUAAACCUAAUAUUGAACUAUUUUUAUAUCUGCUGUCUUUCAGAAAGCAAAUUAGGAAACUACAUAUUUGCUUAAAAAUUGGCAUUUAGUAACCUUAAUUCUUUUCACAGAAGGAAUGACUUAAAGUAUUGUCUCUUUUUGCACUAAUUGUGGAUUUUUUUAGAUGCUUCUCAAAAUUUUCAGUGUGUAAGCUAAACAAAAACUAAUCCUAAACUAAGAAUUCUCAAAAAGACUUGUUCAAAACAGGGAAAGACUGAUGAAAAGUAAAAUGGACUACUUUUGUAACUUACCUGUUUGUUAGAAAAUGGAAUGGUCUCUUUGAUUUAAAAUGAAUAAAAAUAGAUUAUUACGUCUUUUGUAUUGAGACUGUAUUGUUAUGAGCCUAGGAAAUUUGGAAACAUGAUUGUAUUGUAUUAAAAUUCGAAGUGAUUAUUAUCAGCUUAAUUGGAUUAAAAAAGUACUUCAAGAAAUUAUUUUAUUAUAUCUGCUUCUAUUUUUCCAAAAGGUUAAAACUUGUAAAAAAAUAAAAAUAAACAGGAUUGAGUUUACUAAUGGCAAA